GCCAGAUCUUUCAUCAUGGAUCACAAUGCGGGACUGGGGCCUGGAGCAGGGGGCCUUCCGCUACACAUGCCUUCUGCGUUCGCUGCCUUCCCGCCGGCCGCGUCCGGGCCGGGAGCGCUGGCCGCUGCCGCCGCCGCGGCCGCCGCCGAUCAGCGCGGAGGACCCGAUGGCCGUUUCCUUUGGGACCCGUCGGGUCGCAUUCAUCCCACCUUCCAUGGACACCCAGGGUUGACUUCGUCCGGUGCGAGCAGCGCAAGUCUCCAGGAGCUAACACUAUUAGCAGCGGCUCGUCGUUCAGCAGCCGCGGCGGCCGCUGUGGCCGCAGCCGGCGGAGGCGGUGGAGUUGGUUCGGGUGGAUCUCAUCCGAUGGGCAUGGGAGUUCCGUCAUCCGGCGGUCCCGGUGAGCUUCAUCCGGCCUACCGGCUCAAUCCGUACGUCGAGCACCUGUACAGUUCGCUGCAUUCGAGUCCCACGGCCUCGCUACGGGGCCUCAGCCCGCUCGACCCUCGAGGUUUGGCCUUACAACAUUCGAUUGACUACAUGGCCAACAUGUCGGUGCUGGGAUCACGCAUGGGGGAGCUGCACCACUCGCCGUCGCUGCUCGGCUCCACAGAAUUACCCUUCUCUUUGGACGGUUUCGAUCUGGGUUCCCGUUUGGCCAGCCCACGACCCGCCAUCCGACAGAGUCGCAAACGAGCCCUGUCCAGUUCGCCUUAUUCGGAUUCGCUUGACCUGGGCUCCAUGAUUCGAUUCUCGCCCAAUUCACUCGUUUCCAUUAUGAACGGAUCCCGUUCCUCAUCCACCUCCGGCUCGUACGGUCAUCUGUCAGCAGGUGCCCUGAGUCCAGCCAUGGGCUUACCACCUCUGCCAACUGCGCACCUUCAGCAGUUGCAGGCACAUCUGAUUCGAACGGGAAGCCUGGGAGGCAGUUUGGGCGGCAGUUUGGGUGGCCAUGGCUCACCUUUCUAUCCGGGGAUGCUGCAUCAGUCCAGCAAUCAACCUCAUCAGUAUCCACAUAAUCUCUUCCAGCUAUCUGGUUCGGGAUUAGGUCAUCAUCCACCACCGAUGGGUCUCGGCUCUCACGGCCACCACAACAGUGGACAUCACACCAGUGUCAAACCAGAAUACGAGGCUGCAAAGAAAGAAUCUCAUAAUCCAGUGUCGAGCACUGUCGACACAGAAGCGCACAUGGAGGUCGUCAAGAUGCGGACAAAGAUCAAGAAAGAGCCGAUGGCCGCUGCGGCCGCCGUCCAACCACCCAAGGAAAUGUCUCAUCACCAUCAUCACCACCAUCACCUGCACGGUGGCGAGCCGAUGGACGAUGAAGGCCACGACGGGUCCGGCGACCCGAUGAAGGACGAGCCGGGCGAUUUCAUCGAAACCCACUGCCACUGGCGCGAUUGCGACAAGGAAUUUGCCACGCAAGACGAUUUGGUCAAGCACAUCAACAACGACCACAUCCACGCCAACAAGAAGAGUUUCGUCUGCCGCUGGAAGGAGUGCUCCCGCGAGGAGAAACCUUUCAAAGCCCAGUACAUGUUGGUCGUCCACAUGCGCAGACACACGGGCGAGAAGCCGCACAAGUGCACGUUUGAGGGAUGUUCAAAAGCGUAUUCACGCCUGGAGAACUUGAAAACUCAUUUGAGAUCACAUACCGGUGAGAAACCUUACAUGUGUGAAUUCCCAGGUUGUAGCAAAGCGUUCAGCAACGCGUCCGAUCGGGCCAAACAUCAAAAUCGAACCCACUCGAACGAGAAACCGUACGUCUGCAAAGCGCCAGGAUGCACCAAACGAUACACGGAUCCCAGCUCGUUGCGUAAACACGUCAAGACGGUCCACGGCGCCGAAUUCUACGCCAACAAGAAACACAAAGGAGGUGACUCGGCCGGACCGGGCCCGAGUCCUGGUGGCGGCAUGAUGGCCGGCGCCAGUCCGCGCAGUGACGACGGUGGCAACAAGACGGCUAGUGUUUCCAGCCCUAGCGUCAAAUCGGAAGAAGCCGGAUCACCCGGGCAGAUUGGCAGUCCAGGCACCGAGUCGAGCAUCAUGACGCCGGGCGUAGUCUCGUGCGCCGACACUUUCGGUCCGUCCGACGACCCCGACAGCGUCAGCACGGCUAACGGUGGCAUGGCUGACGUCCUGGAUCAAAAUCAAGAAUGGGCUGCUGAAGAAAUUGAUGAAUUCGACAUUGCAGAGUUGUCGGCCUCUGUUUCGGUAGCCUUGGGAGCUGGAGGUAACGAUGGUGGAAACAGCCCCGGAAGAGCAGCCGCUUUCAACCUGCAGGACAGGAAUGCCCGCAACCGCAUGAAGGGCCGACUCCAAGCCAAGCCGAUGCCCGCUUUGCUCUCUUUGCCCGGCAUCAACGGCCGAAGAGGCAGCGGAUUGAGCGAAAUCAAUCAGCGCAUCACCGAUCUCCGCAUGGGCGGAGGUAAUUCCACCACGGCCACUCAAUCUCCUCAAACGCAGAUGGGCAACCGACCCACCAGCCAGUUGCUGGGUCAAACAAUGCUCCUGCCGGGCAGCCAGCAAGAGAUCCGCAGAGACAGCAACGCCACCACCGUCAGCUCUUAUUACGGCAGCAUGAGAUCCGGAGCCUCGCCGCUUCCAUUCAGCCGUCGCUCGUCGGAAGUCUCGCAGAUUUCCAACGUCUCCGGACGGGCCGCUUUCCUAUCGUCUCCUUACGAUCCCAUCUCGCCAGGUAGUUCGAGGCGUUCCAGCGAAGCCUCCAAUUUCCAGGCAGGUGGAGCCGCUCAAACGACGUUCAUUGCCCAACCAGGUCAGCACCAACAGGUUGGCGUCGUUAGCAACCAGCCGUUGACGGCUUCGAUGGCCGCCCAGCUGCAGAAGAUGCAACGAAGAGCUUUGAUUAUGCAAAACAUGGCCUCUACUCAAAAUCUGGUUCUUCAGACGCAAAGCAUGUCCCUCAGUCAACAGAAUUUGGCCGCCAAUGCGGCUGUGCAUCCCAGCCCGAGUCCACAUCCCCAUCAUCAAUUCAAUUCUGCAUCCGGCUGGAUGAAUUCUGGACAGAAUCAGGCUAUGAAUGGUGGAGUUUCUUAUCCACGCCAGAGCCAAACACCCGGCGCUGUCAUGCCGUCGUACACGCAACAGCCGACCCAGGGCCAGCGUGAAAUGCGACGGGCAUCCGAUCCAGUCCGACCAAUGGCCGCCCAAACGGCUGUUCCCCUACCGCCUCUCAGUUCCGCUCUGCAGAGACACCACAGCGUCAACAACGUCCAGCAGCAGCCGAUGAUGCGCAACGCAAUGAACGGAAACAACAAUGCAGCAGCGCGAGGCGUGAAUGGAUACCCUCCCAAUCAUCCAAACAGUGGAAUCGUCCUGGAAGAAGUCGGCGAGGGCCACAUGGUCGAAGAGAAGCUUGUCGUUCCCGAUGAAAUGCUCCAGUAUCUCAAUCAGGUGAGUGUCAAUCAAGAUGGAAGAAUGGCAUCUCCACGAUCCUACUUUAUGGGCCGCAGUCCUCGACCUGAUUCAGCCCAACAUCAACAAUUCAGGGCGCUGCAACAACAGUAUCAGCAGCAGCAGUUCCAUCAAUUCCAACAGCAACAACAACACACGAACAAUCAGUACAACCAAACAGGAACGAUGGCCACGGGCAAUCAUUAUUCAGCUCAACAUCAACCCGGCAAUGCUAUGGUUGGCUACAACAAUGGCACACAGACGCAUAUGGCGGCCGGCAUCAGCCCGACACCGACUGUGCGUAAUCAACUGGGAAUGCAAGCGAGUCCAGCUUUGGCUGCUACAGCUCCGCAGCAUUUCAGUGGUCCAGCUGUUUGCCACCAAGCUCAGGUUGGCCAGCCACAAAGUCAGCAACAACAACUGCCUCCAAUGUACAGCACUUGCCCAGCUCAGUCCUCCCCUGUUGUCGCCAACGGUGUGGUAGGAGCUCAGCCGGGCCAACAACAACCCAACAUGGUUGGAUGUAACGCCAUGCAAUCUACUGGCUACUCGCAGGCUGCAAACUACGGACCCGGCCAUGCAAAUGGCGUCAACCCGUUGGCGUACAACAACUACAACAAUUCGGCUAACAUGCCGUGUAACAAUCAGCAGACGACAAUGCCAAUGAACAACGGUUACGUUAUGAAUCAACAAUGCGGUCACAUGCAAGUUGCCCAGCAACAACCAAAUCCAGUAGCUGUCCAGACGCAGGUUUUUAACAAUCCUUGUUCCCCUUGCACUGGCCAUCACCAUCAACAGCCGCAGCCCGUGUGUAACAAUAAUCCAGCCAAUAAUCAAAACUGGCAGUGCGGUUACCCAGGCAACAACACAAUCAGCGUGCCGCAACAACAACAACAAAUGUCGUUCCAGCCGCAGCCACACGACAAUGUUACGUGGCAGAAUAAUACGAUGCAUGGCGCAGGAAAUGGCCCAACGAACCACAUUCAGGCGACAAAUGCAUCUUCAGUAAUGUACAACAACAUGCAAAGCAAUGCCACAAUGGGCAACAAUUACAACAAUUAUAAUGGUCGCCCACCACCGUAUAACCAAGUGGCAUCCGCCAUCCAAUGCCAAGACGUUAGCCAAUCGCAGGAUUUCAUCAAUCGGGCUCGCAUCCAAGGAGCUGGACAACAGCCGAGCAACCAAGGGCUAUCAGCUACUCCAGCACAACAACACAACCAACAAGUAAACAACGCGGCCACAGCCGUCCCAUCCGUGGCAACUGGAGUAUCUACGCCGAGCAACAUGCGUCCUGAGACAUACCAGCGCACUCUCGAGUACGUCCAGCAAUGUCAGACUUGGGCGACAACAGGAGAUAGCAACGCUGGUGCACGAAUGGCCAAGGAGAACAAGCCUCCUCAUCAGCAACAACAACCUGGAGCUUGUGAGCCUCAGAUGACCAAGACUGCUGAGACGGCCGUAGUCGGACGGGCACUGCUCUCACCGGGCCAGGAUGCCGUUUCCAGCUCAACUGAUCGACAGGAAGCGGCGGCUGCGGCAGCGGCAGCUUUGUUGCCUUCGGCCGGCUCGGCCAAUCAGUCAAACAUGGUCGUUCACGACAUGAACACGUCACUCAAUUCCUUGAUGCAAGAGAACCGCUACUUGCAAAUGAUUCAGUAGUAGAGUACCAAUAGUAGAGACAUUCUUGUAGUAAUUGCUAUCGUGUGCUCUGCUUCUUUUUCUUUGAGUGAAUUCUAGUGCAAUAAGCUGGGAAAACCGCAUUGAUCAGACGUGACAAAACAAAUAUCCCGUUAGCUCCGUAUAACAAAAAACUGCGUGUGAAGAUCUCGCCUUAACUUCUUAUUGUUUUUGUUUCGUUUUUUUUUGUUUGCACUUAUAUUAUCACCUUCUUAUCAUAAUCUGAAAAUUUUUGUACAUUAGUUACGUUUCGCGAAGAAAUAUCGUGCAUGUAUAUCGAGUGCCAAAUAGCAGAAAAAGAAAACAAAAACAAAAAAAACAAAAAAAACAAAAAAAACAAAAAAAACAAAAAAAAACAAAAAAAAAAAAAAGAAGGAAAACGUAAAAACUUGGCCGUCAUAUUGUACUGAAUGAUCACCUGCCUUACUUUUACAGCUGUUGCGCUCCCAUUUUCCGUGGGACAAGUGUUUGUUGGGGAGGAGGACGGUUUGUGUUUGCCUGCCUUUUGAGUGUCCUUAUUUCUUAUAUCUGUUUGAAUAAUAUUUCUUGUGAUACUGCCUUAUUUUGAAUUUAUGUGUUAGCUCCAUCAAUCAUAUCUCUGGUGCCUUGACAGCUUAUGAUUUGCUGCAGUGCCAUAUCAGAGUGUCUUGGUACUUGUAUAACAAAAUGCCCAUCAUCAUAUUUUUUUGAAUGAUAAAAGUUUCUUCAUGUGGUAUGGCCUUAAUGGCAGCCUAUGAAUUGUGCUUUCGGGUACUUGAAAAUUGUACUUACAUGUCCAAUAAAAUAAACUGUACGCCUGUUGAAAGAA